GACCAGCGUCGAGCUUGCUAGCGCUAGCGAUCGACACCGCUCCCGCGCCGCGCCCCGGAGCGGGCGGUAACCCGAUCAUCAUAUCAGCGUCCGAUGGGUCUAUUUUUGAACGAGCGGCUAGAUAGAGCCUGAGCCGCAAGCUGGUGCUGCUGACUUGUGCUGACCUUGGACUUUGUUGGAGCUGAACUGGAUUUUCAAAUUUGAUAAAGUCACAAUGAUCCAUCUCAGAAGUUCUUGUUUACGUCUUCAUGUAUUACUGCAGUCAUCGAAUGUUUUAAAACCUUGUUUUUCUCAACGCUAUAUUCGCACGAUGACAACUGCAAAUCGACUCGACUUGAGCGGUGUGAUGCCACCUAUCGCUACUCCUUUUGACCAUGAUGAGAAUAUUCGAUACGAUUUGUUGGAACAAAAUCUUAUUAAAUGGAGUCACUUUCCAUUCAGAGGUUAUGUGGUGCAGGGUUCUAAUGGAGAAUACAUGUAUCUUACCAAAGAGGAGAGAGUUGAAAUGGUUCAACGAGUACGUAAAGCUGUUCCAUCCAACAAACUCAUUGUAGCUGGUUCAGGAUGUGAAUCAACCCGAGAUACAAUUGAGAUGAGUCAGAGAAUGUCUGAUGCUGGUGCUGAUGCUGUUCUCGUGGUAACGCCUUGUUUCUAUAAGAGUGGAAUGACUGCAGAGGCCCUUAUACAACAUUUCACGAAGGUAGCAGAUGCCAGCCCUGUACCAGUCAUCCUGUAUAGUGUACCUGCUAACACAGGAGUAGAUCUUCCUGUUGAGGUAGUAGCUAAGAUGUGCAGUCAUCCCAAUGUCAUCGGUGUCAAGGACAGCGGAGGUGAUGUUUCUAAAAUUGGUUUGAUGGUUCACAAAACAAAAGGAGAAGAUUUCCAGGUUUUAGCUGGUUCAGGUGGAUUUUUUAUUCAAGCAAUGACUGUAGGUGCAGUAGGAGGAGUCUGUGCUGUCGCUAAUGUCCUUGGUGAAGAAACAUGUAAUCUAUACCAGCUUUUUAAAGAUGGGAAGAUGGAAGAAGCAGUAAAACUUCAACAUCGCAUCAUUGCUCCAAAUGCUUGUGUCACUAGGAAGUUUGGUAUCCCCGGCUUAAAGACUGCCAUGGAUUGGUUUGGAUUCUAUGGGGGUCCUACACGCUCCCCUUUAGUACCCCUAUCACAGGCACAGGUGGAUUCUAUGAGGAAAGACUUUGUGGAGAAUGGAUUCAUUCCAAAAGAAUGACCGCCUUAAUAGAUCUUGAGGUGAUCAGAUUGUGAGAUCUUUUGUAAUUGGACUUUUGACAAUGCUCCAUGGAAAUGAUGUUUCACCAUUAAACUACAAUAAACUAAAACAGCUGAGGUGAUCUACAUACUCAUGAGCUGUCUAAUGAGCCUUUUGUAUCUCCUUGGUUUGGGUAAAUAUAUGAAUAUUCAUCGCUGUGUACCGUGGUAGAACAUUACAACAAUUGACCAAUCAAAAUGAUCGGCUCUCCUCAUUGGUAAUAUGUGUGAAUUGAGAUGGCUCCUGAUUGGCCUCUACUAUAUUGUUAAGGAAUAGGAAACAAGAUGCAAAAGGUCACCUCACAUCACAUGGUAGAUUUUUAGUCUGCGUUGCAAACCCUUCAUUCAAGGAAUUUGGUCUGAAUAUGCAGCCUAAGGGUCCUGCCAAUGACUUGUGUACUGAAGAUUCCUUAAGUUUUAUUUGUGCUAGUCUUGUGUGAAGAUCCGCUUGUUAAUAUUGUUUCAGUCGUGGUCUGUGCCUUCAGACUCGUAGAUCACUGCUUAACGAGUGUAGUCUCCUGUAUCAGACCCUAUUACUGAAGGCUAUGGCCAGAAUUCACAAAUGGGGUUUUGAAAACCAUUGGUUGAACCCAUGGUUUAUGCAAAUUUUAUGUAUAAAUUACACAUAUUUACCACAUAAACAAUUGUCCAAUGCUGAUGUGCGCUUUUGUCAAAGUUUGCCAAAUUGAUGCCUGUUACCAUGGUCAAGCACACUAUUUUAUUCAUGAUUCCACUGUUUUGAAUUAACGAGUCCAUUGUUAAAGCAGUGGACUCAUGAAUAAAAUAGUGCAUUAACCAUGGCAAUAGGCGUCAAUUCGGUGCAAUUUUAUUCCGAACUAUAAUUUGUAAUGAUAGAAUAGUGGCAUGAAUACUGAAAUAAAAUCAGAAUAUUGCGAGCCGUCAUUGGAGGAAUAAAAGGACAUUCAAUUCUAUUAAAUCAUAACAUCAUAAAAAUCAUGCUAUGAUUUGAAGAUAUCGCCUGGACUUGACUACUAAAAUGUUUUUAUAAAUGUAUGUAAUGUUUACCCGUCCUAUGUUGAUGAUCAGUUUGUCACAUUAUUCAGCCAAAUAUUAUAUAUCAGUAUUAUGUAUGAUUAAUUGUCUUGAUUAUAGAUUCUUAUUUUGAAUAAUGUGACAAUUGUGAUCAAGUUGGGGCUCCCUUGAGGGGAUGCAACCAAUGAAAGAAGGUUGCAUGAUUUCACCCCCCCCCCCUACCCCCCCCCCUUCUGGACAUCAGGAAAAAUAUCAUGAAACGGCCAUGAGACAUUGACCCGUAUUCUGCACUCUGGUUGAAAUCAAACCCUGGUUUAAAGUUGUGGUGUAACUAUGGAGAGCCAAUUGGAGCGCAAAUCCCUUACAGUACACAUUCAGUUUAUUAACUCGUAUUGCAACCAUAAUGUACGUAAUCAUCUGGGAUUGAUAACUGAAGUAUUUUUCUUUGUUAUGAAAGCAAAAUAAAACAAAAAAUUAAAAAUAAGAACUAUACAAUAUAAACAGAAUUGUUGAAUUUUUGCUCCCCAUAAUUUUAGCACAGAGUUAGACUGUGGUCUAAGUUAAACCUGACUUCAGAAUACGGGCCAUUUUUGUUUGUCUAAAUAUUAGUAUGUAUUUCAUCUAUGUUCUUACACUGCCAGUGAGAACCAGAUGGGGAGUAUUUUUUCAUAUUGUGUACAAAAUUGAAUUAUGAAUUGUGUUUAUUGUAUCACUGCAGACUUCCAAUGUUCAGUUUAACAGCAAUAAAAAAAAAUCAUCCUCUUGUACAUCAUUUAGAAAUCAUGUUUGGAAAUUCUAUUACCCAAAGCUCUUGUAUCUUGGAAGGAAUGGCUGUAUAUCCUCAUGGCUAGA